AUGGCACUCCGCGACUUCCUGUUCCUCCUCUUCCUCCUCCACUUCUUUCUUCUGUUGUUGCUGCUGUUGCUCCUGCAUAUGUACGGCUUAAGAAAAGACAAAGAUCAUUCAUUGUCCAAUAUCUAUCUAUCUAUCUAUCUAUCUAUCUAUCUAUCUAUCUAUCAACGUUUUUUUUUUCAUAAUUUAUUUCGGUUAUUCACAUCUAUCUAUCUAUCUAUCUAUCUAUCUAUCUAUCUAUCUAUCUAUUUCAAUUUUCAUAUCUAUCUAUCUAUCUAUCUAUCUAUCUAUCUAUCUAUCUAUAUAUCUAUUUCAAUUUUCAUAUCUAUCGAUCUAUCUAUCUAUCUAUCUAUUUCAAUUUUCAUAUCUAUCUAUCUAUCUAUCUAUCUAUCUAUCUAUCUAUCUAUCUAUCUAUCAUUAUUAGCGAUUAAUCUGCUCCUAGCUUUCUUUAACACUCUCUUAAUAUAUUCUCUAUCUCAGUCUCUUCAGUAUCUAUCUAUCUAUCUAUCUAUCUAUCUAUCUAUCUAUCUAUCUAUCUAUCUAUUUCAAUCUGUUCAUAUCUCAUUCUGCUCAUAUCUAUCUAUAUAUUUCAAUUUUCAUAUCUAUCUAUCUAUCUAUCUAUCUAUCUAUCUAUCUAUCUAUCUAUCUAUCUAUCUAUCUAUCUACGCCUGUUCAUAUCUAUCGCAUUCUGUUCAUAUCUAUCUAUCCCAAUCUGUUCAUAUCUAUCUAUCUAUCUAUCUAUCUAUCUAUCUAUCUAUCAAUCUAUCUAUCUAUCACUAUUAG